GAGGCAAAAUAAGCAGCGAAUCAGCACUCAACGUAACGGCCGCCGUCGAUCCACGCACGUCACCACCGCUACAUCACUUGCGUCACGCCGCACCCGGCCGACCGGUGCUCCCACGGCACCCGUCCCGCCGGAGCCCAUAGGCGACAGCCACACGUCCGCGUCCGGCCGGUCCGCCCGCAACCAACUCCCGGCCGGGUCCCGCGCACCGGCACCGCCGCGCGCUCACACCCUCUAUAUUCCGCACCCCGCCCGCCUCUCGCCAUAGCCAUAUCGAUCCCUCCCGGCACAGCCGCAGCCCAAGCAAGUUCCCAACGCCCCAACCCAGCCCUUUGCAACUCCGAUCCGUUCCGGUCCUCGAUCUCUGCCAGCAGCUCCGGCGGCCGUCGGCGGCGGCGGGGCGCCAUGGAUUCGAGGAGGGUCGUCUUGGCUGUGUCCGCCAUGGCGGCGGCGCUGAUGGUGGUGCUGUCGGCGCCGGCGGGGGUGGGCGGCGACUUCGCGGCGGACCGUGCGGAGUGCUCGGACAAGCUGGUGGGGCUGGCGACGUGCCUGACUUACGUGCAGGAGGAUGCGACGGCGGCGGCGCCGACGCCCGACUGCUGCGCGGGGCUGGAGACGGUGCUGCAGAGCAGCCGCAAGUGCCUGUGCGUGCUGGUCAAGGACAGGGACGACCCAAACCUGGGGCUCAAGAUCAACGUCACCAAGGCGCUCCGCCUCCCCGCCGUCUGCAACGCCCCCGCCAACAUCUCCGACUGCCCAAGGCUGCUGAACCUGCCGCCGGGCUCCAAGGACGCGCAGGUGUUCGAGCAGUUCGCCAGGCAGGCGGCGGCGCAGGGCACCGCACCCAGUGGCGGCGGCAGCGCGGCGAAGGCGAGCGCGAGCCCGCAGAAGAGCGGAGCGGCCGCCGGUCACGCGCAGCGGUGGUUGGGAGUGGGGAGCAGCAGGGUCGGUGGUGGUCGUGGUGAUGGCGGCGCACGCGCGGUGGCGGUGGCGCUCGCACUCUUCGCCGCCGGCCCGCUCGCCUUCUUGCUUGGAUAGUUGGCGCCGGCCGGCUUUGUGGCGUGUGUCGUCGGGUGCGUGGGUGCGUGCGUGGUGCUGUACUUUUCACACUGGGAAACCGGAAACCAAAGAAGUUGUAUCAAGAGUUUGAAUUAAAAAAGAGAGUGUGUCGUUGUACAAUUUCCUUUUGUCGCGCGCCUUCCUCCAAUAGCUCUAGUAGUUACCGUCAUUUUAAUGAAUAUGAAUUGAGAGCC